CUCCACCCCUGUCCACCCCCUGAAAUCCGUUAUUCACUCUUUCUCAUCUAACCUUCUGCGUUCCGUUCUCCCCAAACAGCGGGACCGACCGACCGACGCCUAUUCCCUGGACGUUCAAUAUUUCAGCCCUCUACGGAUGAAAGACAUAAAAGAGCAGGGGGUCUCAUCUUACGACAGCAGUCAAGAACGGCUUAAAUACAGAGAGCAGGCUGGAACAGACUAGACGGGAAAGAAGUUUGGAACUAUUUGCGUCUCUUCAUUACACAUCUCAUUCGUGUAUUUUACUCCCCAUGGAACUUUUUGGGAAAGAUGCGGGUGUGUAGCGAAGGCAGACAGGCCGAACCGUAAACCCUAAACUCUUUGCCGGUAACCACGAACUUAUCACAGGGACCACAAAAGCUUUUUCUCAGGAAGGUGUUUUACCCCUGUCCUUCUAGGAUCUCCUCAAACCUCAAUUGUUUUAAAAUUUACUUUUUGAAAGUUCCAUUUUACAUAGAAGAGCUUCUCUUCGAUUUUAAGCGGACCAAACAUGCUUGCAUGGCUUAGUGAGGUGUUCUGGAAUGAGCGGCUCUGGUUCCCUGAGGGUCUGGGCUGGAAGGACCUGGAGGACCGGGAUGGCCUCGUCUACCCCAAAGCUUCUGACCUCUAUGUGGUGCUGCCCAUGGCUCUGGCCUUCAUGUUGGUGCGACAGGUCUUCGAGAGGACGGUUGCCACGCCGAUAGCUGCUCUGCUUGGUGUUAAAGAGACAGUACGACUACGAGUUACCCCAAAUCCAUCACUUGAGGCCUUCUUCUGCAGAACCACCAAAUAUCCAACACAGAGUUCUGUACAAUCAUUAUGUAAGCAGACAGGCUACACAGAAAAACAGGUGCAGCGAUGGUUCCGCAGGCGAAGAAACCAGGACAGACCCAACCUCCUGAAGAAGUUCCGAGAGGCCAGUUGGAGGUUCACAUUUUACCUUCUUGCGUUUGCCGCUGGCCUGGGUGCCCUCAUCGACAAACCCUGGCUAUAUAACUUGUCAGAGAUGUGGGAGGGCUUCCCAGUUCUUAGCCUGCUGCAGUCUCAGUACUGGUACUACAUGAUCGAGCUCAGCUUCUACGCCGCACUGCUCUUCAGUGUGGCCUCAGAUGUCAAGCGCAAGGACUUUAACGAGCAGAUUGUCCACCAUGUGGCCACCAUCCUUCUCAUCAGCUUCUCGUGGUGUGUGAACUACAUCAGGGCAGGAACUCUGAUCAUGCUCUUGCAUGAUUCCUCAGACUACCUGCUGGAGUCAGCUAAGAUGUUUAACUAUGCUGGCUGGAGGAACGCCUGUAAUUACAUCUUCAUCCUCUUCGCUGCCGUCUUCAUCAUCACCCGCCUCAUCAUCUUCCCAUUUGGGAUCAUGUACUGCACCAUUGUGUACCCCGUCACCAUCUACAAACCCUUCUUUGGUUACUACUUCUUUAACGGACUCAUGGUUACACUCCAGUGUCUGCACAUCUUCUGGGCAUACCUCAUCGUCCGCAUGGCCGUCAGGUUCCUCGGCAGCAAUGAGAAGGUGGAGGACGAGAGGAGCGACAAAGAAGAGACGGAUGACUCAGCAGAGGAGGAGGAGGAGAGAAACGGAGGUCCGAAGAAGAACGGCCAAGUCCUGAACGGCCACAUUCCCCACAACCACAACAACGGCCACCACAACAAGUUGGAGUGAUGGAGUCACAUGCCAGGGAUGGCGAAACAAGCGCCAGAACAGAGAGUGCUAGUGCAGAGUCCAGAACAAGAGAUAGAGAGAGAGAGAGGUGGGAGAGGAUGCGAGAGAGGGAUGGUAGAAGUCAGUAAAGGACUGUCCCUCCCCGAUACACACAUUACUACACAAAUUCAGGCAUGCACACACACACACUUACACACAAACUCACUCACUCUCUCUGUCUCACACACAUGCACAUACUUACCUAUUCACACAUUUUAUUCAUGACAUUACAAAUUCAUAUACACACAGGUGUCAUCCCAAGCCUGCAAUACAGGAAGAAACACACGAAUGAUACAAACACUUAAAAACAUGCACUGUUCAAUCACAUUCAUUUUGCAACAGAAAAAGCCAGAACCAAAUGUGCCAAAUCCUUCCUGUGGAUUCUCUCUCAAGAAGUACCCCAGAGAGAGUGAGGAAGGGAGAGAGAGAGAGCGAGAGGAAUGGGGGGGGCAAUGCUGCUUAUUGUCUAUUUUCCUUACUUGUGACUUGUGUGCCUUAUCUAUUGUCCUGCCUCCACUGUGCUGUUUUUAGUGUCAGUGCCACCCCAGAGCAACUAACUAUGGAAUGAAUCCAGGCCACACCCGGAUCAAACAUUGGCUAGAUCCGUGCCAACUCCAGACCACAUCUAUUCCAUGGCCAGCAUACAUCUGGAUAUGGUCACAAAAUCAGUCCAUUAACAUGCGCCUGCUGUUACAGUGGGGGAUUUUUUUUUUUUUUUAAAGUGCUCAUAUUGACAGAGUAUGUUAAACUAGCCUUGCUCGUCAGUGUAGCAAAACCUUUUAAGUUUCAGUAAUACGGGAGGUACUAGAAUUUAUAAAAACCUUUCUAUGCAAUUUGAUUUAAAACUGGAGAUACCAUUGGGAAUCUGGUAGGAAUCGUCACAAUUUGUAAUCAGAUUUUUAUUGCGCUGGACUGUAAGACGGUUUGCUUGGGUCCUUGGUAACCGUGGUUUCCGAGGUCUAAAAUACCCGGGUCAGAGGAAUGAGCUAACUUUGUCCGUUAAGUUGGGCUUCAAUGCCGUGGACAAUAUUAGUCAUGUCUAGAAUCCUUUCUGUACUGCUGUGUCCUGUAGAACCACCAGGCCUUUAUGCCACAGUGGUUACCCGCUGUAGCGGUCUGGGAGUCUCUCCACAUAGGAAAGCCAAAGAAGCUCCUGCUUUAGGUUUUUUUUAGUGUUCCCACACAGAAGCCAACUCUGGAACCGAUCUGGUCCCCAUCUGGCAUGGAUCCGUGUGAGAUUAGGGCCACAUCUCUUACAGACCUAGCUGCUAUCUGGGUUGCUAUGGGCAGGUGCUUUUGUCCUUAGGGAAAUGUUGUCUGUUGAUUGUUGAAGGGGAGAUGGUAUAAAUGAUUGAGUUUGUUAAAAUGUAAUUUUAUGUAGAUGUUUAAAAACCUGAAGAAAAACAGUCAUGGAUGUAUAGAUGUAUGUAAAUCCUUGUAUGUCUCUACAGUUUUAUUGUGUCUGUGUCUUCACGGUGUUUGAACCAACAAAACACUUACAAUGUUUUUCCCCUAUCAAUGUUUUCUAGUAUUUUGUGCUGGAAACCCUGUGAAAUGCUGCACCACUGAGACCAGAGGAGUUUAUGGUACUUCCAUUCCAGCAUAGGCUGCCUUUUUCCUGUCUAUAUGUCUGUGCUGGAUCACUAGUGCUAUGACUCAUGGGUAUUUUUUUGCCUGUGUAUAAAUAUGGUGUCAGAACCACAGAUGAUUUCAGGGGCGUGGGCAAGUUUGGUGACUCUAAGCGGGUCGAUUUUGUCAUGAUUCCAUUAUGAGAAAUGGCUUACUUUCGAAAGUUGUGGCCUUUUUUUUGCUUUUAAACCUAGACAUUGCAGAACUGAAUUGAGUUUUAUUUCUGUCAAUUCGUUUUGAUGGUGGUGCACCAGCGAGAACACUUGAUCAGUGGAGCUAACGGUGAUAUGUGUUGUCCAAGUGCCUUAUCUCUGAUGAGAAGGUUUUUUUCCCCAUUUCCUUCUCCAUCUCCUUCCUCCUGUCAGUCUGGUCUCUUCUUCCUCAGUCUCAAGCUGACUCAGGAAUGGAUAUGGCCCUGACCAGAGCCUGAUCCAUGCCAGCCAGCUGCUGGUUGGACAGUCUGUAUCCUGAUUUACCCCCUCUCCUACAGAAGAGCUUUUCUACUCGUCUCGUAGCCGAUUUCUCCGUCUCACUCUCCAUUUACUUCCUUGUAAAGUGCACUCUGACCAAACUGCACCCUAUGUUUGUGCCGCUACACAAAACAAACCCCAAAUUAGAGUUUUUAUUUUGUAUUUUUGUUUUGUUAUGAUGCUGAAUUAUUAUUAUUAUUAUUAUUAUGAAUGACAAUAAAAAGAAUCAUGAGUUUAUGUG